GAAAGCUUGGAGACUAAAAAAUUAAAAUAUUUACAUUGUGAUUGUGCCUACUUUUAGUACAACUAGAGACAAGGUAACUUCAUUAGUUUUUCAAUUUAUUAGGGAGUAUUAAGAUCAUCAAGCUAUGCAAAAACAAGCUCAUAAUUAAACUCGACUAGAAAAAAAAUAAGAAUAACUUAAAUUCGAGUUAAGCAUUUCACGAGUCUAAAAUCUAAAUACACUUGAAUAUUUCACACUAAGCAAGCUCUUUACAUAAAAAAGAUGACACUUCAUCCGUGAGGGUCUCGGAACCGACCAGGCGUAUGAUUAUCUAAGUGAAUGUAGUUGAGUUUUGAUCAUACACGUGCAAGAGAAUGUGCUUCCACUCCAAAUUCUUGCUUGGAGCUGAUCACGAGACUUCUCCCUUGUUAUAAGCCUCGUAAGGAGGCUCUUUACAUAAUUAGACAUUUAGACCACCAACCUUAUAAAUCUUCUGUCGUUAUCUGUAGCUUCAGCUUCAAGUUAUUGCUCACCUCCUCCAAAACCAACAUGCAGUACUACGGUAGUACAUACGUGAUUUGUUAUUGCUCAAUUACUGAGAAUAACAACAAUGAUGUCCAGAAAGGCAACUCUGUGCUUUGAAUCAUCACCACCACCACCACAAAAUUCUGAUUAGCAUUCCCAGAAAAGAAUUUCCAAUAACAUGUUUGGUUUUGGAAGCUUUUGCACCAGAAAGCAGUCUCCUACUAGCAGAAAGAAUAUCCACCGAGAUGUUGAAGAUCAAGAAGAAAAGUUUCAAUACGCAAGUACCCUUUGCUGGUCUUCAUAUUACAGCGUUUUCGUUGUUCGUCUGGCUAUCAUGGUGAUGUUAGCAAUAUUGAUUGGAUUGUUGACCUUACUGACAUGGCAUUUUACCAGAGUAUACACAAAAAGAUCACUCAACACUCUGGCAUUCGGUCUUCGCCAUGAGCUUCUCCAGAGGCCCAUCCUAAGAAUGUGGAGCAUCCUUAAUUCCACGGUCGAAAUUGCAACUGCUCAGGUUAAGAUGUCGGAGUUUGUUUUCCGGCGUUAUAGCAGCGUCGCCGUAACCCAACCCCAGCAACUCGAGCUGUACGCAGCCAUGAGGGAAGUGACUUGGGCCCUCUUUGCUAGCCGGAAGGCUCUCAGUUCCAUCACAAUCAACUACAGAAACGGCUUCGUCCAGGCAUUUCACAGGGACCACCGGAGCAACGGCACCUUCUACAUAUUCUCCGAUCUCGCCAACUACUCAAUAAGCGGGACCUACGAUGACGCAAGCGCGUCGCCGUCGUCGCGGCAGGGGUGGGACGACCGGUCAAUCCGCAGCAACACGUCAGCGGUCUGGUACAGGGAGCCGCUGGAUCCCGUGACCGGCGUCGGAAUAGGGAGGCAGGGGCAGAUCCCGCCGGACGAGCUGAUCAACAUCGCCGGGAUCUCUCAGGUUCCCGACGGUGCCGCCACGUGGCACGUCGCCGUCAGCAAGUACUCCGAAUCCCCCCUUCUCUCCGCCGCGCUACCCGUCUGGAGUCCGUCGAACGAAAGCAUAGUCGCCGUCGUGGGGGUCACGACGGCUCUGUACAGCGUCGGCCAAUUGAUGAGAGAAAUCGUUGAGUUCCAUAGUGGGCAUAUAUAUCUGACCUCACAAGAGGGAUGGUUAAUUGCUACUUCCACAAAUACCCCUCUCUGGGUGAACUCAUCAACCAGGCCAAAGCUGAUCAUGGCUGUAGAGUCAGAGGACCCAGUGAUACAAGCUGGGGCCCAUUGCUUGCAGAAAGAGUAUGGCAACAAUAUCCCACCUGGUCAAGAAGUCCAUAUUGACAAUGCAAAGCUUGGGAAUCAACCUUACUACAUUGACUCUUUUUUCCUCAACUUAAAGAGACUUCCCAUGGUGGGAGUUAUACUAAUUCCAAGGAAAUAUAUAAUGGGGAAGAUUGAUGAGAGGGCAUUCAAAACUUUGGUGAUACUGAUAUCUGCAUCUGUAUGCAUUCUGAUCACCGGAUGUGUGUGCAUCUUCAUAUUGACCAACGGUGUUUCGAAGGAGAUGAAACUAAGGGCAGAGUUGAUAUCCCACUUGGAUGCAAGAAGGAAGGCAGAGGCAUCAAGCAACUACAAAAGCCAGUUUUUAGCAAACAUGAGUCAUGAAUUACGAACACCCAUGGCUGCAGUAAUUGGCUUGCUGGACAUUCUUAUAUGCGACGAUUGCCUCACGAAUGAGCAAUAUUCCACUGUCACUCAGAUACGCAAAUGUUCAACUGCUUUACUUAGGCUACUCAACAACAUUUUGGAUCUCAGUAAGGUAGAAUCUGGAAAGUUGGUUCUAGAAGAGAGUGAGUUUGAUUUGAGUCGAGAACUGGAAGGUCUUGUAGAUAUGUUCUCUGUCCAAUGCAUCAACCACAAUGUGGAAACUGUUUUAGAUCUCUCAGAUGAUAUGCCAAAAUUAGUUAAAGGAGAUUCCGGCAGAGUUGUUCAAAUAUUUGCAAACCUGCUAAGCAACUCGUUGAAGUUCACGACAUCUGGCCAUAUUGUUCUUCGAGGAUGGUGUGAAAAUCCAAAUAGUGUCACAAGUUGGAGGAAGUUUUCUGUCAACCUGAAGGAAUCUUGGUCCACUCCUAAAAUAAAGUUGAACCACCACAGUGGUCAUGCUAGAAAACCUUCCCAGAAAGAUAAUAGCAAAAUGGUCUUUUGGUUUGAAGUUGAUGACACUGGUUGUGGAAUUGAUCCCAGCAAAUGGGAAUCUGUGUUUGAAAGCUUCGAGCAGGCUGAUCCCUCCACUACAAGAUUGCAUGGUGGAACUGGUCUUGGCUUGUGCAUAGUGCGUUCCUUGGUGAACAAAAUGGGUGGUGAGAUCAAAGUUGUGAAUAAAAGUGGAGGAGGCACUCUCAUGCAGCUUUGCCUCCUGCUAGACACUCCUAUAGAUGGCACAGGACAAUAUUGCCAUUUGAAUCUGAGAGAGCAGAAAAUGACUGUGUUACUUGCACUAAAUGGUGCAAUAGGAAGGGUAAUAGUAUCCCAGUGGUUAGAGAAGAGGGGAGUCCAAACUUUUGAAACAUCUAACUGGAAUGAAUUGACACAAAUGCUUCAGGGGCUUUCUAAAACCAAGACCAGCUUAGCAUGCGGCUCGGGAUUUGAGUGCCUGGCAGCUGAUGAAGGAAAUAACUCACUUUUUGCCAUAGUUAUUGAUAUCGGCCUGCUUGACCUGACCACAAACAUAUGGAAGGACCAGCUUGGUUUUCUUGAGAAAUACAGUGGGAAAGCAAAGUUUGCAUGGAUUCUUUACCACGAUACUUCCAGUACAAUCAAAUCUGAGCUUCAUAGAAGAGGGCACCUUUUGAUGGUAAACAGACCGCUAUACAAGGGGAAGAUGGUUCAGAUUUUGGAAGCCAUAAUGAAAGACAAGAAACCUGAACUGCAAUCUUACAUCACCAACCCAGAUGAAUUUCAUAAAUCAAAAAGUGGGAACGGUAAAACUCUCACAGAGACGAAUUUUGAAGACAGUAGAUUAGUAGAGUUAAGCAACAUUAGCUCGAGAAAGGAAACAAAUCAGCAAAAACCUCUGGAGGGCCUAAGAAUACUACUUGCUGAAGACACGCCAGUGCUUCAGAAAGUUGCCACCGUAAUGCUGGAAAAACUGGGAGCAAAGGUUGUGGUUGCAGGGGAUGGGCAGCAAGCAGUGGAUGCUCUCAAGUCAGUGGUAAACUCAAAAGAUUGCAGACCCGAGGAAGGAUCACGUUCCCCUGGUUUUGACUUGAUUUUGAUGGAUUGUCAAAUGCCAAAGAUGGAUGGGUAUGAAGCAACAAAAGCUAUUAGAAGAUCAGAGUUGGGGAAAACUGCACACAUACCUAUAGUGGCAGUGACCGCCCAUGCCAUGUCAUCAGAUGAAGCAAAAUGUUUGGAGGUGGGAAUGGAUGCUUAUUUAACUAAACCCAUUGACAGCAAGCUCAUGGUUUCCACCAUCCUCUCCUUAACCAAGAAGAGUUAAUAUAUGGUUCAUGUUAGUCGAGUUAGAUUAUGAUGGAUGCUUGGGGUUCAUUCUUAAUAAUAAAUAGAGGAGUUCAAAACAGCUAUGGGUAAUAAGCUAGAAAUCAAAACAUUACGAAAAUGAGCGUGUAAUGUUUCAUGUUUGGAAUACUGUCCUUGUAGUUAAAUUUAUAUAAUCUACUUGUGUAAUUCAACGUUUCGUUGUGGUGAAGUUGAUAUGUUGCAUCAUAAUAAAAGUUCAAACUUACGGGCAU